GUUAUUAAUCUCGCUGAGCACCACAAAGAUGCCUGAGGUUCGGGACCUUUCUGAAGCACUGCCAGAGAUGCCCAUGGACCCCAUCACCGGAGUCGGUGUAGUGGCCUCUAGGAACAGAGCCCCCACUGGAUAUGACGUGGUCUCCACAACGACAGACGGCCUGGAUGCUGAUCUAUGGAAAGAUGGACUCUUUAAAUCCAAGGUGACCCGCUACCUCUGCUUCACCAGGGUCUUCUCAAAAGAAAAUAGCCACUUAGGCAAUGUUCUUGUGGACAUGAAGCUGAUUGAUAUAAAGGACACCCUGCCUGUGGGUUUCAUCCCGAUUCAGGAGACUGUCGACACUCAGGAGCAGGCCUUCAGGAAGAGGCGACUCUGCAUCAAGUUUAUUCCACGGGACUCCACAGAGGCAGCCAUUUGUGACAUUCGCAUCCUGGGACGGUCCAAGCAAGCCCCUCCUCAGUACACGUUUAUAGGAGAGCUCAACAACAUGGGAAUCUGGUAUCGCAUGGGAAACGUACCCCGGGCCCAGGACUCCACACACACUCCAAUCACCAACAACAUCCAGAAUGUGAACUCCACCUCCAGUUCAGCCCCAGUCCCACCAGCCCCUAUGCCCAAACAUAUUUCCAUGACCCUUCCAGCCAGUUUCAGAGGGAAGAACACCACUAGACCAGACUAUGAGCACCAGAACUCCAACCUGUAUGCCAUCUCAGCAAUGGAUGGAGUGCCUUUCAUGAUCUCUGAGAAGUUUGCCUGUGCCUCUUCUGAUCUGCAGCAGGUGGAUCUGAUGGGCAUCACAAUCAAAUCACUGGCUGAGAUUGAGAAAGAGUAUGAUUACAGUUUCCGUACAGAGCACAGCGCAGCGGCCCGCCUCCCCCCCAGUCCGACACGGACCUCCCUGAGCUCCGAGGCCUGAAGAUCUGCUCCUGACCCCCCAGUCCCACUCACCACAAAAAACACACACCAACAGGAGAGACCUGUACACAACUACUGAAGCCCAACAAACAUAAACCCACCUACGACAACAGAAUUAAACCAAACAAACAGGCUUUUGGAUUAUAUUUGUUUUUUGCGUAUUUAUCGAGUGGGUGAAAUGAAAUGGAAGAGGCAUUUCUAUUAAACUGCAGACGCUCAAAAGACAGAAGCCGAACUCUGAGGGACUCAGUCGUUCUGUCUUUAACCACUAUGGCUCUUAACAUUGUUGGACAGAGCAGGAAACUGAGGAAUCUGGCUCCAACGAUUUUUAAGAUGUGUCUUCUAUCAAGCGAUUGUGAAGUUGUGUUCCACUGUAAAGAUAUAACCACAGCCCAUCUGAAAGACUCAUUUUAGACAAGAAAAGAGGACAAGAAGAGGAUCCUUUAUUCUGAUGGACGACUCUGUUUCAGCCAUCAGGAGUCCACAAACAGCAAAGAGCAACUCGAUGGGAUUUAGUUUUCACUCGUACUGUGCUUCCGAACGGAGGCCGAUUUUAUUUCUCCUCUAGGUGUUACUGUAAUAUACUGGUGUGAUGUGAGUGCACUUUGUUUUUGGGGAAUUUCAGUGUGCUUUCCAUUUACCACAGACAUUCUGUCAUAUAUGAGCCGUCAUCAUAGUUUCAUCUGUUCAUCUGGACACAGUGCUGGAUGUUAUAACCACUACUCCUCUGGUUUCUGCCAAACACAACAUAACAUCUGCUUUUUUUUUUUUUUUUAACAACUGGGUCUCAUAUUUCAAUACUAGCGUCAUGGUAACAUUCACUUUGAUUACCUAUGGAUAUAAACAUUUGUCUAAAAACUGAGUAUAAUAUUUUACACUCUACUUUAAACCUUCCCUCUGUACAUAUUUAUAUGGAGAAAAUUACUUACACACACUUUGUCGCCUAACUUUAUGUUCUUGGUGCUGCAGAGUCAUCAAGGUAACUGUCAAAAUAACUCUUGAGCUUUGAUACCCUGCAAUUGUUUGAUCAUUACUCAGUACUGUGUUCAUUUUUUCGAAUACUCUGUAAGGGAAAAAAUCUGUGGCAUUAAUUUCCUGCCAAAAACGAACAAAAAAUUAAUGUGAUUCACAAACACAAUUUGGUCUGCAAAUGCAAAACAUGAUACAAAAUAUUAGUUUGAUCAUACUGUUUCCAAAUCUAACAGUGCAUUAGUAAAACAUGUUUUAUGUUUUUUAAGCUUUGGCAGGAAAUUAGCUCCAUAAAAAUGUUGCAGUGUCAGUAUUGUUUUAAGUUACAGACUAACUUUAAUCACAUACGAACAAAACCAAAGUUGGAGUCCAUUUGUUACAUGUUAAAUAAAUUUCAUAUGUACAGUUAUUUACAGUCUUAUUUAAUCACUGUGACUUAACAGAUACUUUUAGCUUGAAGCCGUUUAGAAACUCUGUAGUUUGUCAGUUUUUUAUUUUGACCAGAUGACAUGUGAAGCCCACUAACUCGCAACCACUAAAACACACACUCCUCUACAUGUGAUUUAUAGAUUUACUGAGUUUUUAAUCAGUUCUGUUUCAUUUUGUCUUCCAGUCUGCCCUCACUGAUUAUUGUUUAGGACAUAUGUUGUUUCUUAAAAAGCUGUAAUUUUGUAACAGGGUGAAACCUUAAGCAGCUACAAAGGUGGAGUAAGUGAUUUUAACCUGAUACUUUUUGUCACGAUCUGCAGAUGUGUUUGUGUCAGCUGUGGAUAUUUAAACUGGGGGAAAACAACAUGAUUUCAGUGAUAAAACCAUGUUCUAUUUGACCUUAUAUUUUGUAAAGUUUUCCUUGUUAGCUGCAUUGGCACUGAAACCACGUCUUGACCAAGCUUUGCAUCAAUCUGGGGGGUGGGGGUGGACACACAACUCUGUUUUUCAGCGUUUAGGGCACACGUGUAACAGGCAGGGGAGGUAGGCAGCAGGCAGGCAGGGCUGUGAUGCUGCUAGUUGUAAGGAGGUAGUCAGCCACUGAUGUAAAUGUAGUUUUCAAGAAGUACUAUCCAACCAUAUAAUUUUGAUGAGAAAUUAAUAAAGUUCCGAAGAAUAGAGGCUUGAUGUUGUGUAGACCUAUAUUCCCAGCAGCUUGCCUCAAGCCUCUGGCUACCUAACAAUUUCAAAGAAGGAGAAUCACGAAAAAUGCUCCAAAAUGUUGAAUUUACCUUUUCAAAGUCAGCAUUUUAUUCAAAGUGUAGUUCUCCAAAAGUACUUUCAGAAUAUAUAACUUUCAUAGAAGAAAACUUACUUUUAGAUAUGGAGAAAUUCAUCUGCAGCUGAGUAUGGCAGAAUGACCUUCUCUGACCGACUGGCAGUUACACACUAUGAGAAUCCUAAAGUUUCCUGGUUUACCCAGAAUACAGGCAUCUUUAUCAGUGAAAUUGUCACGGAGUUAGUUUAGACAAAGUACUGUAUUUGCAUGUCAUCAAAUCCAUGUGUCUUUAUAUUUUGGUGAUGGCCAGCAGACCCAAGGAGUCUGGACCUCAUGUGAAAUUAAGAAACAGACAUCCUGAUUACAAGUUUUUGUAAAUUGCUAAAUACACACCAAUUGAUGGCAAAUUUGAUAUGGAUGUUUCGCUUACCUUCUUAUCUGUCUGCAAAUGUCAAAAAUAAUUAGGAUCUGACACCUUAGAGCCAUGCCAGGGAGGAGAAUGUGUAGAAAGAGUGUCUUGUUACAGUGGAGAAUGCUAACAACAGUUUUGUGAGAAAAAACACCUUGAAAUGUAAAGAAAUACUUUUAAAAAGCACAAAUAUUUAUGAACAUACAUUUAGUUAAGAUUCUGCAGAUUAAAUAUAUAAUUGAUUGAUUACUGUGUGAUAAAAACUUUAGGAGUUAUUCAGUUUUAAAUGUUGAGAGGUUCUGCUUGUAGUGAUUGAUACCCGUAAGCUGAAAAACAGAACAGAUCUGUCAAAUCAAAAUGCCUGGGACCAGUGUUAGCAGCUUAAUAUUCAGUUACUAGAUGUGGUAACCUUUAAUAUGUCUACAGUGACUUCUUCCUCUUAAAUAUAUUUACCAGUAUUUUUCAGUGGGUGUGUCACUGUUUGAUUCUCAUUCAUCAUUCGAUCAAUCAGCAGCCAGAUUGACGCAUGUAUCAGCUGUGACUGGAUGAAUCCAUCACUGACCACCUUGUGUUAUUUCAUGUGAAUAACUCCAGAUUUGUCACCAUAGACAGAAUUUCACAGACACAUGCAGAUAGUGCUUUAGUGACUUUUCCUGCAGACUUACAUAGUUGAUAAUAUUGGCUCCUCUAGUUUCUGUCCACAUAACACUUUCCCCAGUUAGGAUACAUCCUUGAUGGUGAUGGGCGGAGCUUCUUAAAAGAGGCAUAUCUUUAUUCAGCUUGAGCUCAAAUAGCACCAGUUUCAGGAAUUGCUUACUCCACCUUUAACUUGUUCAAGGUUCAGGUCUGCUCUCAGAUUCUCCUCAUGUACGAUCAUCUUUGAACCCAGUCAUUAAGAACAUUUUAAUGAACCAACAUGUCUGUUCCCAAAGAUCCAAAUGUGCAGACUUUAAUUGGAAACACACUCCUCAUCUUUACUCUGGUUUACUAUGUUUGUUUUUUUUUCAUACUCCACUUCAACUCUUCAUUUUUUCUGACACUCACGUUGCUGAUAAUGUUGUUUGCUUUUAAUGUGACUUUAAAAUGUUUACCAGUGUAAUUUACCACUGCUCUGCUUCUCCCAAAAUGCAUGGAUGAAGUCCCAAAAGGUUUUAUUUUAUUCUGUGUAAGAUUAAAAACCUGUAGGAACAAGUUAUUAUCUCAAAAUAAUAAUACACACUAAGAAUAACCGGUGUACACAUCAAACGUCACCUUUUGGACACUUAGGGGCUUCAUAAAGUCAUAUUUUCACUCACAAAUUGCUCAACUUCUACAAACAUGCACUUGGGAAAAAACAAAGUGGAACCAGUAAGCAACACCUCAUAAAUUGGAACAGCUUUUAGUGUUUUUUAAUGUUAUUACGGCAGCUUUUUCUAUUUUAGUUUUUGCUGUAUAGCUCUGCUUCUGUCCUAUCAUCCAUAAAGAAAGAUACACAAAGGACAUGUCAUGCUAAAGUUGACUCCAUUGAGGUGUCAGAAUCAGUAUUUUUAAUGUUUGUCCCAUUAUGUACAUGCAGUAUUGUUCUAAAAGGACUUUGUUUUACCAGACAGACCGAGAUGUUGACGAAAAAAUACAGUUUGAUGUUUUUGGGUUUUUUCCCUAGUUCUAACAGCACGAAUUAACGACUUUUUGUUUCUUUAAUUUAUUAGUUAUUUCAGUAUUCUGCCCAUGUCGUUCUGAAACGCUCUGUUGUCAUUAAUUGUAACAUGUAGAAAUGUCAUUUGCACUGCUGACAUGUUCGAGGAGUGAAAAGAUAAACUGCCUGCCCUGUGAUAAGCUACAUAUGUACCAUUUCUCAGCUGUGCUGUUUACUUUCCAUCCAGUUUUGCUGAAUCAUUUAACUGCAUUAACAACCAGUACAACUCCUGCUGCUUCCAUGUGUCUGUUUGUUUGCAUGCUGAUGUAAGGUGUCAGAGUUUUCAAUAGGAUGGUUAUUUUUGUAGGUUAUUAAUCGAAAGUCACAGUUUUUUUUUUUUUGUCUCAAACAGAUUAAAGCCACUAAAAUAAAACUGCAUCAGCUGAAUUUGUAUCAAGGAGGUUUAAUUAAACUAUGACAAGCUGAAGACUGA